GUCAUAUUUCUUGUUCUGUAAUCUGUAACAAGGAAUAAAAUAAAAGAAUCUUUUGUUGAAAAUAGUUUCAAAAACAUUUAUUAACAUAACCAAAUAUUUAUUUGUUUUAAAGCAAAGUUGUAAAGUUAUUUCCCGUGACAUAUAAAACCAUAGUGAUUGUUUUUAUAUUCACCAAUAAUGGCAAAAAAGAAUAAGGGCGGUUCCAAAGCGAAUGUAUUCAAAGUAGCAGGAGCCAAAAGUUUAAAAAAAUCGAAAGCUAAAGCUGUUAACUUAGGAUUAAAAAACCUGAAACAAAAAGUUUCAGAUAUUGACAAACAAUUCUUAGAAAUAAGUAAAAAUCCAAAAUCAAAUGAAAAAAUCAAACCGGAAAUGAAGACAGUGCAGAAAAAAACUGAAAAGAAUAUUACUAAAGAAGAAGUAUCGGAUACUGCAGAAAAAAUUGUGAAAAUGGAUUUAUAACUGAAGGUUCUCUUUAUUUGUUAUUAAAUAAUAUAUUUAUUGUUAUUAUAAAUUGAUUUUACAAGUUUCUUUUUCUAUCCAAUGUUACUAAGCUUUUAAGUUCUAAUUAUCUUCUAUUUAGUGUCUUAAUUUUAGAUAAGUUCUCUCUAAGCUUAAGCACUACUUCAGGACACAUGCAAACUUGUUCUAAGACAUUCAAUUGUGAAAGUGUAGCCUUUUACUUCUUAAUAAUUUCUAAUGUAAUUAGAUAGACAAAUAAGCUGAUAGCACACAGGAUAAUAAAUGUUAACUGUAGCUUAUAUGAUCACCACUGCAAUAUCACAAUAUAAUGUUACACUAAUUAGACGUAUGUUGUCAUUCUGGAGGGCUAAGAUGUGAUGCAUCUUAUCCUGUAGUUUCACAACCUUAUCUCACCUUUCAACCUAAAGCUUAUUUAUGCUUAUAAAGUAAGUUACUUGUAUGCUGAAAUAGACACAAGUAGAUGACUUUUCACAAAGUCUAUUUUAGUGAAAAAUGCUAAGUGAAUAGGAAACUGACACAACUACAAGAUACCACUCUUAUAUUGAUAGGAAUCAGGCAGACAUCGCCUGGAAUUACAUUGAAUUUUUACAGAAUAUGUUGUUACAUAUAUGUUAAGGUGUAGUCUAAAGAAAGUUGGGAAUAAUCCCCUCAAAAGUGGGCCAUGAUAAAUUGUGUGAACAUUUUCAAUGUAUAUCUUACAUGCUUAUUAAUUCAUUCAUUAAUGGAAUAAUAGAUGGUGUCAUAUAGAUGCUUUAUUUAUUGCUGUUGUUUGCUCUCCAUGAAGAGUAGGGAGAAAGUAUUAAUAUAAAAAAACUACAUUCAAAGUCACUAAAAUGUUCUGCUUGAAUAAAUAAUUUCUGAUUUGAUUUAAAUAGAUGGCAGUCUACAAAAUGUUGUAAUCAUAACUAGAAUAGA